AGUCAAUAUCAGAUAACUAACUUGUCGCCGGAUGUGAGCUAUUUUGCAUAAAAACAUAAAGAUUUAUCACCUUCGCAGUACAUAUUCCCUACACUGAGUUUUAUUUUGAAAUUCGGCAGAGGAAGUGUGGCAAUUGUAUCUUAAUUUAGUCAGAGAGAGCGCCGCUCCUGCUGUCAGCCACGUUCAUGUGACAGUGUGAUAUAAGCUGCGGGUGCUGAGAAAAACGCACAUUUUUGCUUCUCUCCUUUUAAACUAAACUGGAAAUAAUUAAGGGAAUUUGUUUUUCCUCCGUUUCCUUCCUAAAGCACAUUUUAUGACAGUGGUAGCCAUGGAGAGCCAGCACUUUACGGGGAUGUGUCCAGGUGGAGAGAUUUUACGCAUCGCGCAGUUUGGAGCGUCGGUACUAAAUACAGUGUAGAAGAUUAUAAAAAUUUAAGAGAAUAUUGAGCAACUGCGCUCUGCGUGCAGACUGUGCAUAAUGAAGUACGGACUGGUGGUCCUCACUGCUGGAUUUACAGGUUUGCUCAGUUUUAGCCUCCUUGCUGUGGCUAUUGGGACUGAUUACUGGUACAUCAUCGAUGUGAAUAAACCCAAUCACACGGGUCCAGACGACCUGAGUUCACAUUCUGGACUUUGGCGGAUUAAUGAAGGAGCAAACAGGACCUCAGUCAUCCCUUCUUUCACAGCAAAUAUGUCCAGCCUGUCAGAGGCAGAAAGGCACCUUCUUGGCCUGCACAAGGUGGUAGUCAUCAUGUUGCCCCUCAGUCUCGUCCUGCUGGUGUUUGGCUGGAUCUUUGGACUGGUCAGUUCACUGGCCAGCAGUCCUAACCUGCUGGCUGGAUCUGCAUCUUAUUUUCUCAUCUGCAGUCUUUUUACCUUGACUGGGGUCAGCAUCUACAUCAAAUACUCCCACCAGGCCAUGGAGGACUUCCAGCAGAUCGUGUCCCCGGAGAACCUUGCCACUGUGGACGUGUCUUUUGGCUGGUCUUUAGCCGCAGCUUGGCUCUCCUUUGGCCUGGAGGUGACCACCGGCCUGCUGCUUAUGCUAGCUGCCAGAAUAACUCAGAUGAAGGGACACUAUGACUCUGGUGUGGCCAUUGCUAUGUUAUAGAUUAAUGUUUGUGUUUGUGUUUUAUUUAUUUUUGCAGGAAAGGGGUUGAUGGUACUUGAGCAAAGAUCUAGUGAGUCAAGUGCCAAGACAUGAAAGAAUAUAAAUGCAAGCUGGCUUUACAUUACUGCCACCAUAAACACAUGGAUGCUGGGUAGCUGUUGCUUUUGAACAUAUUUUUUCGUUGUUUUCACUGGCUUGCUGCGAGCCCUGCUGCUUCACAGCGCUGCCUUGUCUGUUCAUUGUGUGGUAGAACAAACAGAUAAAGAGGCCACCCAUUCAGAGUGUAAAUACUGCAUACACUACAACAGUACUGGCAGUGUUUGUGUUACAAAUACGAUUUUGCGAGAGUACGUGUUUCACAUUUUGUUCAGUGUGUUAGCAGUGUGUCUUGAAACGUCUAUUUCAUAUAAAACAGCUUUUUAAAUGAGUUAAAUGCAAAUUCACUGCCUUGAAGUAUGAACGCAGGCAAAUAAUUAAAAUUGAACGGGUCGUUUGUUUUUUUGACACACUGUACAUGAGCCUUUUUGACUUGGGGACAACUUCUGUACCCAUAUGUUAUACUGAAUUUAAAUGUGAUUCAUAUCAGUAGUUCAGGGUAUUUCAUUCAAGUGAAACCAUUGCUGAUUCUGCAGAAGGAAACCACCAGGCAAUGGAGCCAGUGAGACUUUAGCACACAGAGCCAUGUGAAACAGAAAUUUGCAUUUUGCAGCUUUUGUAAACCAGUUAACAUUUAGUUGAAGACAUGAUAAGACGGUUGUGGCUGCUCAGUAUUGUGACUUUUAGUUUUUGCCUCCUGCUUGCAAAUUUUGUACCUGUAGCCAACCUAGAUGCAUUAAACAUUGAAACAGGGCUGAAGAAAAGUGCACUCGGGGGGUGCAGAAAGCUGCUUUCAGCAGUACAGUAUGUGCAUGUGCUGCUGACUGUUUUGCUGUAGUUAACGGCUGGAUGUUGUAAUCUUCUGUCUGAGCUGUUUAUUUGUAGAAAUAGCGUUUCUUCUCUCUGGGAGUAAAAAGAACACUGUGAAAAUACAACAUUUAGCACUCUGCAAUCCUAUAAAAUGUGUUGUGUUUUUGUUCCUUUUCGCUGCCGUAAAAAACUUUGCUUACGCUUUCAUUACUGAACGGCUUCACUUUUUUCAUUUAUUUUACCGUGACAUGAAUGAAACAUUAAUACAACUUAAUACAACAUUAAUAAAACAGCACCAUGAAUAGGCAACAGGGACAAGGCCACAUUGAAUCAAAUGCUUUCAAACACCAGUGCUACACUCUGUAACAGUAAGCUGUCUUGAUUUUUGUGCUGUGCUGAUUAUAUGCUCAAUCAUGCACUGUGUAUUUGUUUUACCUAAUUAUGAGACAACAAGUGUUGCAGUUAGUAGAAUACCUAGCCUCUGUACCUCAGGUUAAAUCGGGCCUGCCUGCCUCUGAAUGUAAAUAAAGCACACCAGGAGUCAAGCUGUACAGCAAGAGAAUUUUUAAGACAACUGCCAAAGAAAGCUUCAGAAAUGUUCGACCAAUAUGUUGUAACACUGUUGUGUGUAUAAGUCAGUUAAUACAAAAUAUGGGUGCACAUACAACCUACUGGAGAUGUUGUGGCAACAGUGAAAUUUAACACAAGAAUGGGUUUAUAAUAAUCAGCAUGUUGCUGCCUUGUAUGUGGGUAA